UCAUAACAUAACAAGUGGGCAUGGACCCCACUACAACAACCAAUACCAUAACCGAUUGCAGAAAAUAUAUUUAAUAUUAAAUGCGCAGGAUUUCCCCUCCCCCUAUAUUUAUACGCUCAGAUUUCAAUCCCUCGGAAAAUUAAAUUCUGGACUUAUUUGAGUGGAGAUGGUGGUAUCUCUACUCUCUGUUCCUCCAUUGCUUUUCUUUCAAAACCCUAAUCCCAAUUCAACCCUAUUCUCCAAACCCAUUAAAACUCCUAAUUUCACUUCAAUCCCCUUCAAAUCCCUCAAAACCCCUAAUCUCACAAUCCUCAAUCUCCACCAAUCUUCAAAACCCUACCUUUUAAGCCAUUCCCAUUCCACAUUUCCCUCCCAAAUUCCUGACUCUUUGGGGUUUAAGAUAGAAAAUGCGACAACUUUAGGCCCUAGAAACCUAUUUCAAAGACUUAACUGUUAUGGGGUUAAGGACUCCGGGGAGGAUAAUAAAGUAGUGGUGGACUCCAGUGGUGGCGGCGGCGGAGGUGGUGGUGGUGGUGGUGGUGACGGCGGGGAUGGAGACGAUGGAGAGGUAGAGAAGAAAAGUGGGUCAUUGCCAGAAUGGUUGAAUGUUACUUCAGAUGAUGCAAAAACGGUUUUUGCUGCUGUGGCAAUAUCGCUUGCUUUUCGGUCAUUCGUGGCUGAGCCGAGGUAUAUUCCUUCGUUGUCGAUGUAUCCUACGUUUGAUGUUGGGGAUCGAAUUGUUGCUGAGAAGGUUUCAUACUACUUCAGGAAGCCAUGUGCUAAUGAUAUUGUCAUAUUCAAAAGCCCACCAGUUCUUCAGGAAGUAGGAUACACUGAUGAAGAUGUCUUCGUUAAACGAGUAGUAGCUAAGGAAGGUGAUAUUGUGGAGGUUCAUAACGGAAAGCUUAUUGUUAAUGGGGUUGUACGAGAUGAAGAGUUCAUCAAUGAAGCACCUUCUUAUGAAAUGACACCAAUUCGAAUACCUGAGAACUCUGUCUUUGUGAUGGGUGACAAUCGUAAUAAUAGUUAUGAUUCCCACGUUUGGGGUCCCCUCCCUGCCAAGAAUAUCAUAGGAAGAUCAGUACUUCGAUAUUGGCCUCCAAAGAGGAUAGGUAGCACAGUACUUGAGCGUGGCUGUGCUGUUGACAAGCAGGAGAGUGUCAAAGCAUCUGAAUAGAUAUAUUCAGGCUUACUGAUUUAUAUGAAAAGUAAUCCUUUGGCUGUUUAAGCCAUUUUCCCUAAUAACCUUUCUGUUUCUUUUCUUACUCAUUGUGAGCUUUUAGUUCUCUCUCUCUCUCUCUCUUUCUCUCUCUUACAAAAUUUCUGCAAUACUAUCAUUUUUUAGUAGAAAGGCUAUUCUUGUAAGACAGGUCCUUCUUUUGGCCUGUUAUAUGGUCUUCCUGCGAAUGUAGAUUGACCCUUGUAAUGAUUAAUGCAACCAAUUUUCUGUUUUCCAUCGAUCCAUUUCUAGUUCAGUGCAAGUUGAUUUAUUGAAUUACAGUUUAAUAAUACUAAUAAAGGACUUGAAAUUCUUCAUUGAGGAAGGAAAUCCUCUAAAUUUGGCAUUGCAAAUAAGUUCAGAGCUCUGAUUUGCAUGCAUAGUUUUGUAGGAGGGAAGGAUCAAAAUUUAGAUAUUCAAACAUCACUUACUCUAACUCCCUGGAGACAAGUUUAAAUGUUGCUUCCAUAGUUUUGUGGAGAAGAGUUCCCCGUUCCCCACGUAAAAUUUACUCAAAAACACCUAAUUACCUAAUCAUCUGUCAGUUCCCCUUGUUUCUCCUUUUGUUCAGAAACACUUAAUCUUUUCUUAAACUCCUAUGUUCUUCUCUAAUGUUACAAAAUGGCCAUGCAUUAAGAGCAAGAACAGAGCUUCCGUUGCUGCUUAUACAAGUUUCUAUUCAUCAUGUACGUCGCAAUUUUCUAGUUGCUUCUGUUUCCCCUAGACGUUGGUUGGCUAGCACAAAUUUAUAUGGUAACACGCCGCCA